GAUUGGUUUCUGACACAAGAGACCCAACAUGGGUGCUCUGCUGUUGACCUGGUGGCUGGACUUGGCGGUGGUGUUUCUGUCCGCCAUUGGGGCAGCCUAUCUGUACAUGACGAGGAAUUUCAACUACUGGUCGAAGCGAAAUGUGAUUGAAGUGUCGCCGAUACCGUUCUUCGGAAAUUUCUUGGACUGUUGUCUGUUCCGUAAGUCAACAUCGGAAGUGAUUCAGUCGGUGUAUGAAAAGGGAAGUUGCAAUGACGGAUUGCCUUACAUCGGAUUUUACGUCUUCGACAAGCCGGCUCUGGUCUUGCGGGAUCAGGAGAUCGUGAAGAGAGUCCUGAUCAAGGACUUCGACUACUUUGCGGACAGAUUCAUGCGGACGGAUGCUUCGGACAGUAUGGCUUACGGAAAUCUAUUUCUGAUGAGGAACCCGGCGUGGCGAGUGAUGCGUGCGAAAACGUCGCAUUUCUUCACAGCCGCAAAACUCCAGCGCACUUUUAAACUGAUGAUGGAUGUCGGAGAGGACCUGGACAGACACAUGGAAGCCCUCGAACUCGGAGGCGCCGGUCGAGAGAUCGAGGUUAAGGAGAUUGCGGCUGAGUUCAUGACCGAUCUGAUAGGAUCGUGCGCCUUCGGGCUCAGAGUCAACUGUCUGAAAGAUCCGAACGCGGAGUUCAGGAUGUGCGGAAAAAACAUGUUCCAAUUCAGCUACCCACGGAGUGCUGAGUUGGCUUCGAUAUUCUUCUUUCCGGAGCUGGUGCGUCCUCUGAAAUUGAAGUUCUACUCUAGGGCGUCGACAAACUUCAUGCGAAAGGUCUUCACCGAGACUCUUAACGAAAGAAUCGACAGCGGCGUUCGCAGGGAUGAUUUGAUCGACUUGAUGAUCGACUGGAGUAAAUCGGAUAUCGAUAUUUCCGAGGAUUUUAAACUCGAGGGAGACUCGCUAGCCGGAACGGCCGCACUUUUUCUCGCUGCUGGAUUCGAGACUUCGUCGACAAUCAUGGCCUUUGGACUACACGAAUUGGCACUUCAUACCAAUGUACAAUCCAAACUUCGGGAAGAGAUAAAGACUGCUCUGGCCAAUAACGGAGGCGAUCUUACAUACGAAAUGAUCAACGCUCUUCCGUAUCUGGACAAGGUCGUCUCGGAGACACUUCGAAAGUAUCCGUCUCUACCUAUCUUGGAUAGAAUGGCAAACGCUGAUUACGAACUGCCGGAAACCGGCCUUGUAAUCGAGAAAGGGACACCGGUGUAUAUUUCUUUACUCGGGAUGCACUACGACCCUGAAUAUUUUCCUGAACCCCAUAAGUUCGAUCCGGAAAGGUUCAGCGACGUGAACAAGAAGAAAAUACCACGCUACGCUUAUCUGCCAUUCGGAAUAGGCCCGAGAAGUUGUAUCGGUGUUAGACUUGGACUGCUCCAAUCGAAGUUGGGGAUUCUGAAACUUAUAUCAAACUACGAGCUCAGUGCUUGCGAAAAAACUAAAACUCCGCCACACUUUGAUCCGAAGGCUUUAUUCUUAACAGCGAAUGAUGGCCUGUUCGUGAACGCGCGUAAAAUCACGUAAAAUGAACAAAACGAGAUU